AUGGCAUCACUACUCUCGGAUAAUAUGGACUGGCCAUCCAUAGAGCCUCACGCCAGCCCAUCUGCUCUAGCAGCGGAUCCAGGGCAUACCUACUUCAUGAAGCAAGCACUUUUGAUGGGCGAAAAGGCAUUGCAAGCUGGCGAAACCCCGGUAGGCUGUGUCCUAGUGUACAACGACCAAAUCGUGGGCCACGGAAUGAAUGACACCAACCGAUCGAUGAAUGGAACCCGCCAUGCCGAAUUCUUGGCCAUUGCCGAGGUGCUUCAAACAUACCCUCGAUCGAUUCUCCAAUCAACAGAUCUCUACGUGACAGUUGAACCCUGCGUUAUGUGUGCUUCUGCAUUAAAGCAAUACCGCGUCCGAAAUGUGUAUUUCGGUUGCAACAACGACCGUUUCGGGGGUACUGGAGGGGUUCUGUCACUUCAUUCAGAUCAUUCCAUCGACCCCGCCUACCCCGUCUAUGGUGGAUUGUUUCGAGAAGAAGCCAUCAUGUUACUUCGUCGGUUCUACAUCCAGGAAAACGACAAGGCCCCGAACCCUCGAUCCAAGAAGAACCGCCAACUCAACACCAAGUUCGACGAGGAAGAGAACUAG